AUGGAAGUGUUGAUGCUCUGGCUUUUCCCCUGGAUAUUUCAGUGCGUUUCGGUGCGGGCGGACUCCAUCAUCCACAUUGGUGCCAUUUUCGAAGGCAAUGCUGCCAAGGACGACGAGGUGUUCAAGCAGGCGGUGUCGGAUCUGAACCUCAAUGACGACAUCCUCCAGAGCGAGAAAAUCACUUACUCCAUCAAGCUCAUAGAGGCCAACAACCCCUUCCAUGCGGUGCAGGAAGCCUGUGACCUGAUGACCCUGGGGAUCUUAGCCUUAGUGACGUCCACUGGUUGUGCCUCGGCCAAUGCCCUGCAGUCCCUGACGGAUGCCAUGCACAUCCCACACCUUUUUGUACAGCGUAACACGGGAGGCUCCCCACGCACAGCCUGCCACCUGAACCCCAGCCUGGAGGAGGAGGAGUACACGCUGGCUGCCCGACCGCCGGUCCGCCUCAAUGAUGUUAUGCUGAAACUGGUCACUGAGCUGCGGUGGCAGAAAUUCAUAGUAUUUUAUGACAGUGAUUAUGAUAUACGCGGACUGCAGGGAUUUCUCGAUCAGGCCUCAAGACUGGGACUUGAUGUAUCAUUACAAAAAGUGGACAGGAACAUCAGCAGAGUCUUUGCCAACCUUUUCACUACCAUGAAAACAGAAGAGCUGAACCGCUAUCGGGACACAUUGCGAAGGGCUAUCUUACUCCUAAGCCCACGGGGAGCCCAGACUUUUAUUAAUGAGGCUGUGGAAACCAACCUUGCAUCAAAGGAUAGUCACUGGGUCUAUGUCAAUGAGGAAAUCACUGAUAAUGAAAUAUUAGAGUUGGUACAUAGUGCUCUGGGGAGGAUGACAGUUAUCCGGCAAAUUUUCCCUCUCUCAAGGGACAACAAUCAGAGAUGCAUGAGGAACAAUCACCGAAUAUCAUCACUGCUGUGCGAUCCACAAGAAGGCUAUCUUCAGAUGCUGCAGGUUUCCAACCUGUACCUGUAUGACAGUGUGCUCAUGCUGGCCAAUGCUUUCCACAGAAAACUGGAGGACAGGAAAUGGCACAGCAUGGCAAGUCUGAACUGCAUGAGGAAAUCCACCAAACCUUGGAAUGGAGGACGAUCCAUGCUAGAGACUAUUAAGAAGGGCCAUAUAACUGGGCUUACUGGUGUUAUGGAGUUCAGAGAAGAUGGCGCCAACCCCUACGUUCAAUUUGAAAUACUGGGCACUAGCUACAGCGAAACGUUUGGCAAAGAUGUGCGGAGGUUGGCAACGUGGGACUCUGAGAAAGGACUGAACGGUAGCCUACAAGAACGACGUCUGGGCAAUGACUUACAAGGAUUGACACUCAAAGUAGUGACUGUCUUGGAAGAACCUUUUGUGAUGGUGGCAGAGAACAUACUUGGGCAACCAAAACGAUAUAAAGGAUUUUCCAUUGAUGUCCUGGAUGCACUUGCCAAGAAUCUGGGCUUCAAGUAUGAGAUAUAUCAAGCUCCUGAUGGCAAAUAUGGACAGCAGCUCCAAAACAGCUCCUGGAAUGGCAUGAUUGGAGAACUCAUUAACAAGAGAGCAGACCUAGCCAUCUCAGCCAUCACUAUAACACCAGAACGAGAGAGUGUUGUGGACUUCAGCAAGCGGUACAUGGACUAUUCUGUGGGGAUCUUAAUCAAAAAGCCUGAAGAGAAAAUCAACAUCUUCUCUCUCUUUGCACCUUUUGACUUUGCGGUGUGGGCUUGCAUUGCUGCAGCCAUCCCUAUAGUUGGUGUCUUGAUAUUUGUCUUGAACCGGAUCCAGGCAGUCAGGGCGCAGAACGCUUCCCAGCCGAGCCCUUCUGCUUCCUCCACCCUCCACAGUGCCAUCUGGGUCGUGUACGGCGCCUUUGUUCAGCAAGGGGGUGAAUCUACUGUCAAUUCGGUGGCUAUGCGCAUUGUAAUGGGAAGCUGGUGGCUCUUCACCCUUAUCGUGUGCUCUUCCUACACAGCGAACUUAGCAGCAUUUCUCACGGUAUCAAGGAUGGAUAAUCCCAUAAGAACAUUUCAGGAUCUGUCCAAACAAAUGGAUAUAUCUUAUGGUACAGUCAGGGAUUCAGCAGUGUACGAAUACUUUAAAGCAAAAGGGACCAACCCUUUGGAGCAGGAUAACACAUUUGCUGAACUGUGGAGGACUAUCAGUAAGAAUAAUGGAGCAGAUAAUUGUGUAUCGAACCCUUCUGAAGGCAUCAGGAAGGCAAAGAAAGGAAACUAUGCUUUCCUGUGGGAUGUGACGGUGGUGGAAUACGCCGCACUGACGGAUGACGAAUGCUCUGUGACAGUCAUUGGAAACAGCAUCAGCAGCAAAGGAUACGGGAUAGCACUCCAGCAUGGAAGCCCCUACAGAGAUCUUUUCUCCCAGAGGAUUCUAGAGUUGCAAGAAAGCGGAGAUUUGGAUGUUCUUAAACAGAAAUGGUGGCCACGGAUGGGACGUUGUGACCUGAAUAGCCAUACCAACGCACAGACAGAUGGGAAGGCACUCAAGCUUCACAGUUUUGCAGGCGUUUUCUGCAUUUUAGCAAUAGGCCUUCUUCUUGCAUGCUUGGUGGCAGCAUUGGAGUUGUGGUGGAACAGCAACCGUUGUCAUCAAGAAACACCGAAAGAGGACAAAGAAGUGAACCUGGAGCAGGUCCAUAGACGCAUGAACAGUUUAAUUGACGAAGACAUAGCCCACAAGCAAAUCUCUCCAGCGUCCAUUGAAAUCUCAGCCUUGGAGAUUGGUGGCAUGCAGCCAGCUCAGACCCUGGAGCCGGUACGCGAAUACCAGAACACGCAACUUUCUGUCACCACCUUUUUACCAGAACAGACAACUCAUGGUGCCAGCAGGACACUCACAGCUGCCUCCGGCAGCAACCUGCCGCUGCCCCUGAGCAGCUCAGCCACCAUGCCCUCCAUACAGUGUAAACACAGGUCGCCAAAUGGAGGACUAUUUCGUCAGAGUCCCGUGAAAACCCCGAUCCCAAUGUCAUUUCAGUCUGUGCCAGGGGGAGUCAUUCCAGAAGCGAUGGAGCCCUCGCAUGGAACAUCCAUAUGACGAAAACAAACAGUAAAACAACCAGCAGAGCUUUUUAAUACAAAAUUUAAAAGAAACAAAAAAAACAAAACAAACUCUUACAUUUUUCUUGUAUAUACCUGUAAAAAAUGAAAGAAUGAAGUGGGGUAAAAGUGUAUUUUGAAUAUUCCCAAUUUUCGAAGUCAGUAAAAAACAAAACAAAAAAACAAACAAAAAUGUAUGAAUGACUUUGUAAAUUUUGUUCUAUAUGAAU